CUACGGCACGUUUUCCAGGCUACAGGAAAUCUGACGUACGACGUGCGACGCACUGUGAAGCAGCAGUCACUACCAGACGAGUUCAACUAAUUGAGAGAUGAGUGGAGAAGCAGCCAAACCUAGAGGUGUCAAAAUAGACCUUUCACUGGAAGCCAAUAAGACGCUGGACACAACAAAGAAGGAACCCAGCAAAGUAGCCAAGGAAAUUGCAGCAGACUGGAGAAAGGUGGCCUCAUUUCUCAACUCAACAUUGUUCCCAUCUAGGGAAAUAAAGGUCAUCGAGGAUACAUUCAGACGACCAUUUGAUCAAGCAAAGGAAAUGAUUGAUACAUGGUCUAGUGAACUGGGCAACAAAGCUACAAGGCGUGUGCUCAUAGAGGCAAUGCUGGAGUGUGGACUACGAGCACAAGCCAACAACAUUUUUACUGAGGAACUUGUUGAUUAUGUCAAACCUUUGAAGUAACGUGUAGCUAGAGUACUAGACAAAUAUGUACAGCCUGUUUCACUGCUUUGUAGCAAGACAAUUGACUGCCUCGUUGAUUGAGAUAGAACACAAAUAUGUUUAUGCA